AUGGCCGACUCCAGGCGCGAGAGCCAAACUUCCCUCAUCACCUACCGAAGUUAUCCGAAUCCAGAGCAAACUGAAAGCGCCGACAGCCAGGACAUCACCGAGCGUCCAGCAUCACCGACUUCUCCGCCAGGUACUCCGCCAGGAAGUCCUCGGUCAUCUGGCGGACAGGACGGCGAUGGGAGGGGCCAGCCCCUGGCAGAGACAUUCCCGGCGAACGAUAUAACGUCGCCGAGGACACAGCGGGUCCGGUUUCGAUCCGCCGUCAGCGUCGAUUAUGGCAAGCGCACGCCCCCGUCCGGAACUAGCGACGAUGAAAGUGCUAUUCGUAAGGAAGAGGAAAAGGAGCGGGACGCCGCGCAGCGCGAGGGGCAGCCCCAUCUCAUCUCGACACCAUACCUUCAUGGGUCGUUAGACAUCACUGAGACGCCUCUCCACGAGCGGACUGAUACAGGGAAGGACCUGAAGCAAGCAGAAAAGACUCCGGUGGCAGAUAAGCCGGUCCGCACCCGGGCAGCGGAAGCAGUCAGCGACGUUGGCCGCUCGUCCAAAGACAAAUUCCGCUCGCUGCAGCAGACUGUGCAUGAUAAGGUGGCGCGGCUGGCAGAUCGGCUGGGACGGCCCGAACCAGGUGGGGAUGACCUACAUCCCGCCGUCUACCAUCCGGAAUGGGCAUCCGGUGGGGACGCUCCGUUGGGGGAUCUUACUGACGACAAGUACAAGACACACGAGCAGAAGAAGGCCGACCAGGCCACAUCCACAGGGGAGGCGCACCGGCUGGUGCGGGAGCUAACGCAGGAUCAAUCCGGCCACUGGCGCAAGGUGCGCGGCAAGCCGUAUCCGCAGACCGGGAGUGAGCAGGUGGGACAGGGCAGGGCUGCGGUAUCGGUCCGGCGGUGGCGGCGUCCUGUCGCAGCUGAUGAAGCUACAUGGGAGCCAGCAGCAACAGCAACAACAAAAAAAGGUGGGCAACGGUCGCCCAGCGUGGCCUCGGAGGCGGGGACGUCUGGCGCCGCGACACCGAGGAAGGAGAAGCUAAAAUGGUAUAAGAAACAGCAGAAUCGGUCGACGUCGACUCUAGUCAGCAUCUCGGGCGGCGGCCUGAGUGGUGCCAGUACGCCGGUGUCGAGCGAAGUCUUUUCGGCCGCGUCGAAGCGUCGUGGCCAGCAGCAGCCUGGGCAGAGGGGGAUGCGGUUGGAGGACGAGAUUCAGGUGACGGUGCAGAUUGCGGAGAUCAUCGCCCGGCAGCGAUACAUCAUGCAGCUGUGUAAAUCGCUCAUGUCCUUUGGCGCCCCGACGCACCGGCUGGAGGAGUACAUGCAGAUGACAGCGCGGGUGCUGGAAGUGGACAGCCAAUUCCUCUAUUUCCCCGGAUGCAUGGUCAUGUCCUUUGACGAUCCGACGACCCGAACCACGGAGGUGAAGCUGGUCCGUGUAGCCCAAGGGAUCAGCCUGGGAAAGCUGGCGCACACCCAUCGGAUCUAUAAGAACGUGGUGCACGAUGUGAUGGGUGUCGAGGAAGCCAUCCAGGAGCUGGACGACAUCAUGAAGAUGAAGCCGCGGUACAACAAGUGGAUCGUCGUGGUGGCCUAUGGGAUGGCCUCGGCGACGGUGGGCCCCUUCGCGUUCAGCGCGCGGCCCAUCGACAUGCCGAUUAUCUUCGUCAAUGGCUGUCUGCUGGGGAUCAUGCAACACGUCCUGGCGCCGCGCUCCGCACUGUACUCGAAUGUCUUAGAGGUCACGGCGGCGGUGCUGACGUCCUUUCUGGCGCGCGCCUUCGGCAGCAUCCCCGGGGUUGUUGUCAACGGCAGUCGACAGUAUCUGUUUUGCUUUUCCGCCAUCGCGCAGUCCUCGAUUGCGCUCAUCCUGCCCGGGUUCCUGGUGCUCUGCAGCAGUCUCGAGCUGCAAUCGCACCAGAUGAUCGCCGGGUCGAUCCGCAUGGUCUACGCCAUCAUCUACUCGCUGUUUCUCGGGUACGGGAUCACGGUGGGGACGACCAUCUACGGGGCUGAUGGACGGGUCGGCCGUGUCGGAUAUCACGUGCCCCAAGAUCGGGGCGUUCAAGAACCCCGGUUCCCGUUCGUGGCGCUCAUGUCGCUGUGGCUGCUCAUCAUCAACCAGGGCAAGUUCAAGCAGCUUGCCGGUGAUGAUGUUCAUCGCGCUGUCCGGGUGGCCAACACGGUGGGCUCGUUCACCAUCGGCGUGCUGGGCAACCUGUACAGCCGGCUGUGGCGAGGCCAUGCGGCCACGGCGAUCUUGCCGGGGAUCUUCGUGCUGGUGCCGUCGGGGUUGGCGGCGACGGGGUCGCUGAUUACGGGUGUGCAAUCGGCCGACGAGAUCCGGCGCAACAUCACCAAGGGCGGCCAGACGUCGCAGCCAGGCGCGGGUCUGGCGACGAACACGUCCGUGUGGACGCUGGGGUUUGGGAUGGUGCAGGUGGCGAUUGGGAUUACGGUUGGGCUGUUCCUGGCGGCGUUGGUGGUGUAUCCAUAUGGCAAGCAACGGAGUGGGUUGUUCAGUUUUUGA